UAAUGAAAAGUUGAUCAAAAAAAAAAAAACAUAUCAAAGAUGGCGUCCAGCACUGCGCCUGGAGGUGCAAGCUAUCCCCAACACCCGCAUCAACAAAAUCAACAACAACUACAACAAUCACCCUUAACAGACACCGAUCCUUUAGUCAAGUAUCAAACGCUUCUUCCUAUACUUAAAGAAUCAAUUGCAAAUUUGAUCAAGCAUACAAUGUACAUCCUUCAAAACACUUCGAAUGGUCACUGCAGGCAAAGCGAUGUGCAAUCGCUGAACAAAUGCAUGGAAGAUUUUUACAAUAUAAGUGAUCAAGUUCAUCAUUGGUUGGUACUGGCUGAUUCAACGGUUGCUCAAUAUCUGAUGGGUAGCAACUUUUCAACUGAAGUGACAUCAUCAUUUAACACCUCUCAUAACCAAAAUGUCGGUUCUGAAAAGCCGAAGGAUAUUUUGUUUUACUCUCAAUUUUUAAAGAACGCUAAAAAGCAAGUGAAAGCAUCAAUGGAACUGCGUAAUAUGUUGUCCGAGUUCGCCGACGAACUGUAACCGUGAAAUUUUUAACUCGUACAGUCGCCAGCUCUAAUAUUUUUAGGAAAAAUACAUUAUAUCGAAACAGGAAA